CUUCGUGAUGAACUACAAUAUGCAGAACAUGAACAAGGAGUUACCUGAACUCUUCUCCAUGCUCAAAUCUGCUGAGAUUGAGAUACAGAAAGAGCACCAAGUGUUGAUGGUCAAUAAGACCACCAAGUUCAAGAAGCAGGGUAAACCUAAGAAGGACCUCAAGAAGGGCGGCAAGAAAGCUGCCGCGCCUCCUGAGAAGCCUAAGGGUGGCCCUAAACCUGAUACUGACUGCUAUUACUGCAAUGGGAAGGGGCACUGGAAGCGGAAUUGCCCCAAGUACUUGGCUGAUCUGAAGAGUGGCCUUGUCAAGAAGAAGAAAGGAACUACGGAAUAAACGAAGCCUAGCGAGGGAUGAAGUGACGAUGCGCGUUGGAAAUGGAUCCAAGGUCGAUGUGAUCGCUGUCGGCACGCUCCCUCUACAUCUACCAUCGGGAUUAGUUUUAGACCUCA